GGCUCGUGAAACCCGCUAUUUUCCUCCUCCAGCCUGACAGAGACGAGCACGGCAGCAGAGCCAAAUACCUCAUCUGCUCACGGGAGACUAUAGUGAUGGCCUUACCUUUCAUUGGUGCUCACUGCUCACUGCUCUCCUGUAAUCUCAAUGAUUACCUCCCAAUCCGAUGUCGUGCCUGUGACCAGCUCUUCUGCAAGGAUCACAUUGCCCCCGAGUUGCAUGAAUGCCUUACCGCUACCCUGCCGCAGGUUCCACUGCAAACAGCCAAGCGCCAACGAUGUGCUGCAGACGGCUGUGAGAGGCUGACCCUUGAGUCUGCCAUCCUCGAUACAACGGACACUGUCGGUAGAACUCCUGCGGUCUGCCCACAAUGUUCACUGUCUUUCUGCUCUAUCCAUCGAGCACCGGGUUCGCAUUCCUGUUCCAAUGUAAAUGCGUCCGACACCACGAAGCAAAAGAAUGCUGCUGCAAGAAGGCUGCUAGAGAAGCAUUUCCCACCACAGCCAUCCUCUGCCAGCUCAACGGGAGUGCAAGCACCGAAGGCGCAAAGCCUUCCAAAGAGCGCGCGUGAUCGAAAUGAAUCACCUCAGGGACAGAAGAUCGCAGUUAUGAAAAUGCGACAUCGUGCAUCUCCUGCGGAUCCUAAGGACAAGGCGUCGGCCGUACCAAUAGAACAAAGACUUUAUGCCUUUGUUUCGGUAGAUAAUUCUGGCACUAUCGGUGAACCUUACUGGUUCCGCAAGUCCAUAAUAACCGGCAAAGCCCUAGAUCUCUUAGCAUCCAGGCUAGGCAUUAUAUCAUCUCAGACAAACCCGCUGCAACUUCAAACAGCCGAUGGUGACAGGGCCAGUUCCUCCAUCCUGCGUACAGAUAUGCCCUUGUCAUCUCAGAUUGAGGAUGGAGCUAGACUUUGCAUCGUUCUUCAGAAGCAGUCCGAUCCGAGUUGAUUAUAUCGUGUUCAUGCGUGGUACCACUAAGAAUAGUCGAUGGGUAUCGUAUCAAAUAUUACAUCAGAACCACAAAGCAAAGUAAAGCCAGAAUUACGCUACUAGAGCAGCUAAUCUACGAAGAUGUGGUACAUUAAGGUACGCGGGGACGUAAGUCUCAAGCCCG